AUGCUAGAAGAGCCCAAACGGACAAAAGGUGAUGGUUUGUUUCGUCUGCGUAGGGGACGUGGCGUGGGCGGUGUGCCCCAGGGAUCAGCGUGGCGGCGCUGGCCCUGCUCGCCGUCGCGGCUGCCGCAGGAGCCGCCGCAGGGGAUCCCGAUCUCGACGACCUCGAGCGCGCGAGCUUUAUGGCUUCUAGCUGUUAUGUUUCAGGCCGGGCACUUGAAGAUGCUCGAUGGCUACAUUGAUUUCUUCAUGGACCCCAGCCUGUCUGAAUGCUACCUGCAACUUAAAGAAGAACUCGAUAAACUUAUACAGCAGAAGCUUGAAGACCCAAACUUCGACAUCCACAAGGAAGGCAAGUACAUCCUAUUCGCCGUACAAGAGCUCGCCGCCGGCGACCUGUGCGAAGGGAGGUUCGUGUUCGGCCGCGAGACGAGCCGGGCCAGGCUCCGGAGCCCCGAGGACGACGGCAAGAGCAACCUCAUAAAGGACGGGAUGAACCCCAAGAGCCUGCUGCAUACGCUGCUGAUGCGGGCCGGCCACACCCCGCCCAGGUACAAGACGAAGCACCUCAAGACGAACGAGUUCAGGGCCGUGGUGGAGUUCAAGGGGAUGCAGUUCGUGGGGAAGCCGAAGCGGAACAAGCAGCUCGCGGAGCGGGACGCCGCCAUCGAGGCGCUGGGGUGGCUGACGCAGACCUCCGGCGUGAAUGCCAUCGAGGCGCUGGAGCGGGACGCCACGGAUCAGGGCAUACUCCUCUGCGAGGAGGGCGUGGAUUUCGUGGAGCGCUCAGCUAGGCUAGGGCACGCGCGGAUCGCGGAGAGGGGGAGGCGGGGCCAUCCUGUGCACUGGAUCUGGGCGUGGAUGUUGGCGUGGAUCUGGUGCGCGGAGGGAUUUGCGUGCUUGAGGAUCGCGGAGGCGGGGUUUCCGGAGAGGGAGACGACCGAGGGGACCGGGGGCGACGGGAUUUGCGGCGUGCGGGCGUAG